AUGAGUCAAGUUAUCCGAUAUGUACAUAUUUCUAAUGGGAAAGUUUGUAUAGAAGAACAUUUUUUAGGAUUUAUUUUAUCACAUGAAAAAACUGGAAAAGGCUUAGCAAGUGAAAUAUUAACUCAGUUAUCUGAUGAUGAUUUAAAUAUACAAAACUGCAGAGGCCAAGCUUACGAUAAUGGAGCAAAUAUGGCAGGGAAAUAUAAAGGUGUGCAAGCAAAAAUUAUGGAAAAAAAUAGUUUAGCUACUUUCAUACCAUGUACUGCUCAUAGUUUAAAUUUAGCUGGUGUCAACGCUGUAUCAUCAAAUGUUCAAAUGAAAAACUUUUUUGGCAAGAUUCAACAAUUAUUCAAUUUUUUUUCGGGUUCACCUUCUCGUUGGGAAGAAUUGAAAUCAUUGAAACUCACACUUAAACCAUUUUCUGAUACAAGAUGGUCUUCUAAAUCUGUAGCUAUAAAAGCGGUUUUUACACAACUACCCGAAGUAAGAAAUGCCCUUAAUAAUAUAAUUGAAAUAGGUAAUGCUGAAUCAAUAUUUUUGGCUAAAAGUUUAUUAUUAUUCAUUGACUAUGAAUUUAUUUGCUUGUUAUCUAUUUGGAAUGCUAUCCUUUCAAGCAUUGAUCGCGUUAAUGUUUGUCUACAUUCGAAAUCAUUAACAAUAAAUAAAGCUGCAAAUCUAAUUAAAGGAUUAAUUAAUGAAAUCACCGAUUUGCGAAAUAAUAGACUUGAAACAUUAUUUCAAAGUGCUGAAGAAUUAUCUAAAAAAAUGGGUAUUGCAACUGUUUUUCCUCAAAAAAGAAUAAAACGAGUAAAACUAUUGGAUCUUGAAGAAUCUACAGACGACUGGAAUGCGACUUCAAAAAAAACUUGUAUUAUUAAUUUUAAAAAUCUUAAUCAAGUAUCUUCUGACUUUGGAUUUUUAAAUGGAGCUGACCUCGUUGAAAGAGAUUCAAAUUAUUUAAUUAAAGCUGCUGCCGACCUAGCCAUAAAAUAUGACAACGAUUUAAAACCUUCAGACUUUACUUCGGAAAUAAUUAACUUUAAAAACCUUGCAUUAGGUAUGUUACCUGACCUUAAAAAUCAAACUCCAUUAAAUAUUCUGGAGUUAAUACACGAAUACUCAAUGACUGACAUAUUCCCAAAUAUUUGUAUUGCUAUUCGUUUGUAUCUAACAUUGCCCUGUACUACCGCAUCGUGUGAACGAAGUUUUAGUAAACUAAAAUUAAUAAAAACGUAUUUACGAUCCACGAUGAACCAAAACAGACUUACUAACUUGUCACUUCUGUCAAUCGAAAAAGAGAUCACAAAGACAGUUGAUUUUGAUUCAGUUAUUGAUAAUUUUUCUGCAAUCAAAGCCAGAAAAAUAAAGUUUUAA